GGUCGAAGAGCUCGAAGAUGAGCUGGAAUUGAGUCAUGUGCGGCAUAUCGCAGAAAAUCGACAACUGUUUCGCGACCUUGGCAACCGGCAAGCUGAACUUGACGAGGCCAAGAGCGCAGCGCGAUACUAUGUCAAAACACAAGUGGCAGCGGCACAGCAGGCCCUCUCUAGAAAGAACGAAAUCCUCGCGAAGGAAUUAGCAGACGAGAAGAAAAAGUUCAAAGAGACCAAGGCACUGCAGAAAGACGAGAUGGAUGCGAUUCAAGAACAACAUCGCGAGAUCGGCGAUAUACUUCGAAAAGAGAUCGAAGUGCUGAAGAAACACGCUAUUGAAAACGAACAUCUGCGUCAGCAACAAAUCGAUUCUCUCAAGCAAUCUCUGAAGGACCAGGAGGACACCCACCGGAUAGCGACAGAUAAUCUUCGAAGAGAAUUUGAUGAAAAGAAAAAGCUUCUUGAAGAAGACACUGAGGACUGGAAACAGUUUGGAGCCUGGCAGAAGAAAGCAUGGUUGCAGGUGACAGGCGGCAAUUAUUUGAAGCGCGUGACGGAGAGAUGGCCCGUCGAACUUGAACUGCACGGCUUGCGGGGCGAUUGGGAACAAAUCUGGAAUGACUUUUGCGUCAUGAGCUCAACUGCUCUGAGAAAGACGGGUUUCCGGACGGACCCCGUUCCAGACACUCUGACUCCGUUUGGCUCAUUGCUGCAUCGAAUGUGUGGACUACCCAUGUCCGGAGAGACCCAACCUUUGAAGGUCUCGCAAUGUUUCCAAGGGGUCUCAUCUGUUCCUUCCGAUCACCGGAUUAUCGAGGGUUUGAUGAUCGCGGACAUACUCGAGUGGUGCUUCACGACAAGUUUCCAUACCAAGGGUAUGGGGUCUCAGAAGCUGGAUCAAUUGUGGGAAUCGAUUGCCCACUACGGUAGGUCGCGCUGAGCACUGUACUUACAAGCUGUACCUAAUGUCUUCAUCUAGGCGGUCUCGAUGAGUUGAGAACCCACGAUUGUCUGUCCAUCAUACGGCGAACGAGUGAUGAGUAUUUCAAAACUCGAG